AGGUCGCGCAGGCGCAGACGGCGUUGGUUCGAGAAGACCUUCAGCGUUGCCUUGGUGGAGCGGGACGGGCCCACCCUCGGGUUGUAGAUAUGUGUAGCACACCAACUUACUGCGACCUAGGAAAGGCUGCCAAGGAUGUCUUUAACAAAGGGUAUGGGUUUGGCAUGGUCAAAAUAGAUCUGAAAACCAAGUCUUGUAGUGGAGUGGAAUUUUCUACUUCUGGUCAUGCUUAUACUGAUACAGGGAAAGCAUCAGGCAACCUAGAGACCAAAUAUAAGGUCUGUAACUACGGGCUCAUCUUCACCCAAAAGUGGAAUACAGACAAUACUCUUGGGACAGAAAUCUCUUGGGAGAAUAAGUUGGCUGAAGGGUUGAAACUGACGGUUGAUACCAUAUUUGUACCAAACACAGGGAAGAAGAGUGGGAAAUUAAAGGCCUCCUAUAGACGGGAUUGUUUUAGUGUGGGCAGUAACGUUGACAUAGAUUUUUCUGGACCGACCAUCUAUGGCUGGGCCGUGUUGGCCUUUGAAGGUUGGCUUGCUGGCUACCAGAUGAGUUUUGACACAGCCAAAUCCAAACUGUGUCAGAAUAAUUUUGCUCUUGGUUACAAGGCUGAAGACUUCCAACUGCAUACUCAUGUAAACGAUGGCACUGAAUUUGGAGGCUCCAUCUACCAGAGAGUUAAUGAGAAGAUCGAAACAUCAAUAAACCUGGCAUGGACAGCUGGCAGCAACAACACUCGUUUUGGCAUCGCUGCUAAGUAUAGGCUGGAUUGUAGAACUUCUCUGUCUGCCAAAGUAAACAAUGCCAGUUUAAUUGGACUGGGUUAUACGCAGAGUCUCCGACCGGGAGUCAAACUGACCCUGUCAGCUUUAGUGGAUGGAAAGAACUUCAAUGCAGGAGGCCACAAGGUUGGCUUGGGAUUUGAACUGGAAGCUUAAUGGGGUUUUGAGUAGAGUAUCAAUUGUCCCUGGAAAUGAAGAGAAAUGAACCCACUAUGUUUUGGCCUUAAAAUUCUGUGAAAUUUCAAAAGUGAACUUUUUAUUCUUCCAAAGAAUUGUAAUUCUUCCCACACCGAAGUCUAGAGAUUACAGAUCCAUCCAGUGGGAGUUCCUUGAAGGCAAUGCCUGGAAAUUGUCAUGUUUGUGCCACAUUUCAGUUGAGUUCUGCAGAGUUAAUUUAAAUAUGUUCCUCAGCAACAACGUAGUGUCACGUUAAAGGAAGUGAUCUGCCCGGUCUGUACAUCGAGUCCUGCAUGUCCCAACUCCACUUUCCAUGACCUUUUGUUACAUCAGUCUCUGCUCUAGUGAGACCUUUGGUUUGCAUCAGAGUAAAAUAAACCCAUCACAUUUGGAACAUAA